CGAGAAACACACUUCUUCCUCCUCCUCUCUCCCUAACAAUUAUUUAAAUUAGGGUUUUCUUCCGGCACCCGUCUCUCUCUCUCUCUCGAGCCUAGUUCCAGGUUAUAUAUAUUAAAAAAAAAACCUCACUUGAACAAUGUGUGUUGGGGAGAUCUUAAACAACGGAGCUGGAGUUUUUUUUUUUUAUUUCUUUCUAAGUCCUAAUAACAUUGGUAUAAACUUAUCAGCUUUCAUUUUCAUACCUUUCUUUCUCAAAGUUUCGAUUUUUGUUUUCUCAUUGCCACCUCUUUCUCUCUUACUCUCUGUUGUUUGAUUUUACUUUCUUUGGUACUAUUCCUCUUUUUUUUUAAGCCAUUAUUGAUGGCAGAGUCUCUUGUUCUUCUUUUCUUUCGUCUUCUUACUGUUUCUUUUCAAACCUUUUCCCUCGUUUCUAUUCUCUUUCCCCCACAUUCUCUUCCACAGUUUCACCACCGCUUUUCUAGACUCUUACCAUGUCGAGGAGGACGAUGGAAUCUGAGGAAAGGGUAGACAUUGAUCCCGAGGAGACUCUUGAGGAGGAGUAUGAGUAUGAAGAAGUUGAAGAAGAGGAAGAGGUUGAAGAGGAGAUUGAAGAAGAAGUUGAAGUUGAAGUAGAAGUGGACGAUGACGAAGAAGAAGAACAAGAAGAAGAGAAGAAAAAACAUGAUGAACUCUUAGCUCUUCCUCCUCAUGGCUCUGAGGUUUAUCUUGGUGGGAUUCCUACUGAUGCUUCUGAAGGAGACUUGAAGAGAUUCUGUGAGAAAAUUGGCGAAGUUACUGAGGUUAGGAUAAUGAGGGAAAAGGAGUCUGGUGAUGGUAAAGGGUAUGCAUUUGUAACAUUCAGAAACAAGGAUUUAGCAUUUGAAGCUAUUGAUAAUCUAAAUAACACUGACUUCAAGGGUAAAAGGAUAAAAUGUUCGACUACGCAAGCAAAGCAUCGUCUCUUUCUUGGCAACGUUCCUAGAAGCUGGACAGAGUCAGACAUUAAGAAAACAGCAAGUGGAGUUGGUCCAGGCGUUCAAAAUGUCGAACUCCCUAAGGAUCCACAAAAUAUUGGGAGGAAUCGUGGAUAUGCGUUCAUAGAGUAUUACAACCAUGCAUGUGCUGAAUACUCGAAACAAAAGAUGUCAGAUCCGAGUUUUAUGCUUGAUGAUAAUGCUCCCACUGUUAACUGGGCUGAGUCAAGGAAUGGAGGAGGAGGAGGAGACGCUUCUGCCACGCAGGUAAAGGCAUUGUACAUCAAGAACUUGCCUAGAGAUAUAACACAAGAGCGUCUAAAGGCAUUAUUCGAACAUCAUGGUAAAAUCCUUAAAGUGGUCAUACCACCAGCAAAGCCAGGGAAAGAAGACAGUAGAUAUGGUUUUGUGCACUAUGCAGAGAGGACAAGCGUCAUGAAAGCUUUGAAAAACACUGAAAGUUAUGAGAUUGAUGGUCACACGUUGGAUUGUACACUUGCAAAGCCCCAAGCAGAUCAAAAGACGAAUAAUACAACAACAUCUCAGAACAUGCAGAACUCACUAUUGCAACCAAACUAUCCUCCUCUUCUUGGUUAUGGCAUGGCUCCUAGUCCUUUUGGUGCUCUUGGUGGUUUUGGUGCUUCUGCUUAUCCACAACCGUUCAUGCAUGCGGGAGGUCACGCAGCUGGUGGGAUGGCGAUGAUGCCAAUCAUGUUACCUGAUGGAAGAAUUGGUUAUGUCUUACAACAGCCUGGACUAGCAGCAGUGCCACAACCUCCACCAAGGCAUUCACCACCGUAUAGAGGAAGCGGUUCCAGCAGCAGCAGCAGCAAAAGAAGUAGCAGUGACAAUGGUAGAGGACGAAGCCGUUACAAUCCUUAUUAGUGGGUUUCAUCUUUCUCUUUUCUUUAUUUUUGAGAAAACACCCCCUCACUCAACUCUCCAAACCAAAAAGUCAUUUUUAAGCAUUAUGUUUUUUUCCUCCUCUUCUUUCUGUUUACAAGUGCUUUUGUAAUAUUAUUUGUUUAUUUAUGUUACAAUCUUUUCAAAUUAUCUUCACGAUUAUUUUCAGAAGAUGAAACGUAAUG